AUGAUGAGGGCCACUCACUCUCUAAAUCUGCUUCCCAAACCAUGUCCUCCACAGUUGAGAAUCUCCACUUCAUUCAGAACAAAUCUCAGGUUUGACUCCAGAUCCGGGACCCAUCGGAGGCAGAACCUCAGCAUCCGAUCCGUCUUCACGGGAAUCGUGGAAGAAAUGGGGGAAGUCAAGAACCUGGGAAUGGCCGACCACGGCGGGUUCGACCUUAAAAUCGGCGCCAGAGUGGUGCUGGAGGACGUGAAGCUCGGCGACAGCAUCGCCGUGAACGGGACUUGCCUAACGGUGACGGAGUUCGACGCGGAGGAGUUCACCGUAGGGUUAUCACCGGAGACGCUGCGAAAGACGUCGCUGGAGGAGCUGGAGAGAGGAUCUCGGGUGAAUCUGGAGCGUGCGCUCCAGCCGGUGAGCCGUAUGGGCGGGCACGUGGUGCAGGGACACGUGGACGGCACGGGAGUGAUAGUAUCGAUGGAGGCUGAGGGAGACUCGCUGUGGGUGAAGGUGAAAGCGGACAAGGGACUGCUGAAAUACAUUGUGCCCAAGGGGUUUGUGGCGGUGGACGGGGCGAGCUUGACGGUGGUUGAUGUGUUUGACGAGGAGAGCUGCUUCAACUUCAUGCUCGUUGCGUAUACGCAGCAGAAUGUGGUGAUUCCCACCAAGAGAAUUGGCCAGAAAGUGAACCUCGAGGUUGACAUCAUGGGCAAAUACGUUGAGAGGCUUCUUCUCGCCACUCGCGCCGCACAGCUAGAUUAUCGGAGAAGCGUGUUCCUUGUGUAUUGUAAUCCGAUCAUUUGGAAAAUCAGGAUGAUGCUUAAGAUUAGAUGGGAGAAAAUGGUGAGGGAAGCUUGUUUGGGACCUGUUGGCCUUUUGAGUUCUAUGCAAGAUGGAUCAUCUUGA